CCGGAAGCGGUGCCGGGCUCUAGCUUUUGACAGCACUUGAGAGAAACUGAUGGACAAACAAACUCGGUUAUCAGAAUUCGGUUGCUAAGUUUAUUUAUGGAUUUCUGUAAUAUUAUUAGCCGUUUUAAUACCACUAUCAUUAGCACCGACACCAAGAGAAAGGUCUUUUCUUUACAGUCAUCAUAAGAGCGUGUGUGUGAGUGAGUGAGUCAGUGAGUGCACUGGGUUGUGUUCCUUGUAAAUGGUCUGUUAGUGAAUCAGCCAGUCAGUGCAUGUCCAUGUCCAGGAAGCAGCCGGGAAAGCUGGCGCAGAAGAAGAGCGAUGUGGAGGGCAAGCGGGACGAGCAGACCGCUCGCAGUGCUUUGGCUAACGACUGGAAGAAUCGCCCUCAGGGCGACGAAACGGGCGAUGAAUCCGUAAGCCUCACCAAUCAGCUGCAAGCCCUGGGACUCAAACUGAGGGAGGUGCCCGGAGACGGGAACUGCCUGUUCCGAGCCCUGGGGGAUCAGCUGGAAGGCCACUCCAGGGGACACCUGCAGCUGCGUCAGGAGACUGUACAGUACAUGCAAGCUCACCGGCUGGACUUUGAGCCCUUUGUAGAGGAUGAUAUUCCCUUCACAGAGUACUUGUCGAACCUGUCUCAGCCGGGCACCUUCGCAGGAAAUGAUGCGAUCGUGGCGUUCGCUCGCAGACACCAGCUGCGCAUCAUCAUCCACCAGCUCAACACGCCCAUGUGGGAGAUAAAUGGCUCAGAUAAGCCUGCGGCUCCAGAGCUUCAUAUUGCCUAUCGCUAUGGUGACCAUUACGACAGCGUGCGGCCAAUUGGUGACAACUCUGAGAGCCCCGCCCUUCUGCGCAUUGAGAACCUGAGCCACACAAGGGGUCAGUGUGCGUCCCGGCAGCCAGGAGACAGGCAGAGGUACAGGCAGAACGCUUCCCCGCCCACCCGUUCCGAUGACGAGGAUUUGAUCCUGCACCGGCUUGUGUCCCAGAGUCCAUCUGGUCAAGCGGAGACCAGUCGGCAGCUUAGGGCGGUGGAGGGGGAGGGAACUGAGGCGCCAACUGUGUCCUGCGCCGCCCUGUGGGCGGAGUCAGGAACGGGCACGCGCAUCUUUGGCCCCGUCACAUCAACAGACUACAGUGACGGCAAGCCUGCGGACUACUGCACCACACACGGAACUAAAGUAGCAGGUAAAGAGAGGAAGGAGCCGCUGUGGCUGGAGAAGGAGAAGAAGAAGAGGCAAGAGGAAAGGCAAAGGCUGAAGGCCCAACCGAGCAGGCCUCCACAGGACCAGAACCAGAACCAGUCGGAACCGGUUAAUUUGGUACCAGCCUUCAACAAGCUCAGCAUCUAGGGCGGCCCUGAGCAUGCGCCAUUCCAGAGUGCUAGCCGCCAAAUGGCUGGGUUAGGACUCGUCUGUGCUGCUAACGCAGUUUCUGCAAACCUGUGCGGGCAGGACCGGGGGAUUCACAGAGUACGCUCCGCGAUGCAUGUGCAGGAUUCCUCGGCUGUUCAGUUUAAAGAGGGUGAAAUAUUUCCACCAAGCUGUUUGACAGACAUACAGGCAGACACACUUGCUCUGAAAUGUCUGGGGCUUUGGCCUUGAGAUUUCAUUGUUGGAUAGUAUGUGGUAUGAAAACAGGAUGCACAUUAAUGUAUAAAGUACCAGGAGAAGACGCUUUUAGCUUCAUUUAAUGAAAGCGGUGUUCUGCUGUUCUCUAUGAUUUCUGCGAAGAAUAUUCAGAGGUUAUUCCCUCUUUGAAGGUGAACAAUCUGCAUGUUGCUUUGGGACAGAAACUGCAGGACAAUUUUCAUUUGCACAGAAAGAGAAAAGGUAUAUUUUUUAAAUGAGAUAUUAAUGAUAUUCCCCAAGUAAUAAAUUAUUAUAGCUGUGAAAUA